AUGCCAGUACAUUUGGCAGCCUCCUAUUACCUUGGUUGCCCUAUUGCAAGCAUGUCAUCAUCCUAUUACCUUCUUAGUUACCCGUCCGAUAAACCUAAAGAAAUACCACCACCUGCCGCAACUGCUGUGAAAUUUGUCGACCUUAAUACAGACUUUUAUCGUAUAAAUGACGAAGUCAAGCCGGUCCUUAUAAUGAAGGUGUUUCAUCCAGAAUUGUCGGUCUUGGGUACUGUACCUGCCAUUUUACGGCCUCUGAUUGCGCUUUUAAUGGAACCGAAUUUGUUUCCCACACUCCCUGCAAGAAUCAAAGUUUGUGUGUCGGAUUCUGAGUCUUAUACGUCAGCAAGAUUGCGGACAGUGAUCAAGUGGGUUGCGGAGACUAAUCCGUUUCGUGUUCUCCAGGCCAUAAUGCUGUCGAUUAGGAAUUCCAAUUAUUUGGACUACAUUUCAGGCAUCGUAUUGAACUUCCUGGAAGACUUUUGUCCUGACUUUGUGGAGGCCUUUCAAGUGCUUAAGGUACUUGAUAUGGGAGAGGGCGUUCCAUCACCGGUGGAAUGGGCGACGAACAUUAAAGAGGAUAGGGUGAAAGAAUGUCAAACAUUCCCUACCAUCCCUCUCUUUGUCCAAACAGCAGCUGAAUUUUUGAAAGGCACUGCUUCCCCACAUCAACCCGUUAAUUUUCUCUACAAAUGGCCAGUAGCACUGGUUCAUUUAUACCGUUCAAAUCUGUUAGAAAAGUUAUUCAUCACACCGGUUUACAGUGAAUUUGGAUCCAUUUUUGACUUUGCAAACGAAUAUCUCGUAGAAUUUCCCAACGUGUUUGGGCCGAGCAGAAUCCUACGCUAUGGUCACUACUGUCUAAUAAAGGGAGUGGAAGAAGCGAACGGUCUCAUCUCCAAACUAACUGGACUACGUCCUUAUGCGAUUGAGACAUGCUACGAGGGGCAUUUUCGUUACAAGAUCUACCUGCUUGAG